AGUUAUAUCAUUUUAGUGAUUCAAUCUCACUUGUGAGGUUGGUUUCGACGAAAUUCGACUAUUUUUCCCAAAUCCAUCGCACAACAACCCGAAAAAAAUAUCGAUUCUGAAAAAUCGUUUCGGGUGCAAAUACAUAACGUAUAGUUUUUUUUUUUUUUUGAAAAAUUAGUGGUUUGUGAAAAUUGUUCAGAAAGAGAAAAAAAAGGGCAUUUUGAAAAAGAAAAAGUAGACAAUUUGAGAAAACCGAUUGGAAAAUCCCGCCAUAUCAGAUAACAGUGUGCAUGCAGCUUUUAUCCAAUAUGAGAUCGAAGCAAAUCACAAGCUCAACGGUGUUACUGGUCAUUGCACUAGUUACCGUGGUACGUGCACAAUUCCAUCAUCCAUCGCAAUUUCGCAGUCAGGCUGUGGUCAACUCAGGAUUUAUUCCAUCAAUUCAACAAGAAGAUGACGAUAAAUUGGACGAUUCAACACCAUCGGCCGCGAUAAAUUAUCGCCAACCGGCACCAUCCUAUGAGUACGAAGAGGAGGAAGAGGAACGACCAACCACACCAAAUCAAAUUCGACGCCAACAAUCCUAUCCAAUUCGAUCACAACAGGCCCAACCAUCACAAAAUCGACAAUCCGGUCCGCCACCGUCGAAAAAUCGCUUCGAAGAUGAAUUAGAAACAGAAGAACCAGACCGUUUGGCAUUGGCUUUGGAAAAAUCCACAUUCCAAUGUGAAGGCAGAACAGGAUACUAUGCUGACGAGAGUGUGAACUGCGAAGUGUUCCACUAUUGUCAAGAGAAUCAAAAACAUUCAUGGGUUUGCCCGGAAGGAUUUCAAUUCCAUCAAGUGCAUUUGAUUUGUAUGCCGCCAUCAAAUGACAAUGCAUGCCAACAAUCAUCCAAAUAUCAUAUUGUCAACGAUUUCCUCUACAAGCCAAUCAAUGUUGAAGAGCACCAAACACGACCAAAUGUCACCCUUCGAUACUCGGAACGAUACUAUCCAGAAGAUGUUUACCGUGAUGAGCGACAAGAGGAAGACGAUGAAGAAAAUGAAGAAUACCGUGCCCGCGAAUACAGACAACGCCAACCGAUUCAAGUCGGAAUUCGAAAGAGCAUCCAAAAUACCACCCCAACAUAUCAACGUCAAAGCACACAACAACCAUCGGCAUAUCGAUCACCCGAUGACAUAAACAUUUCAUUGCAACAACGUCGACCUCAAAUCGUCUUCCAGCCAACGACACAACGCUACGACGAAGAAGACUACAAUUAUGAAAAGCGAAAAUAAGUGAGCACGAGAGAAAAACCACACCAUCCAACACCAACACCAACCCCAAUCCAGAAUUAAGCAAUAAAGCGCAUCAGAAUAAUUAUAAAAAUUUAU